GAAAAUGGAAUGAAUAUUUUGCUAACGAUAAGGAAAGUUAUAAGAAAUAAUUUUUAAUAAGAUUCUGAAGUCUAUUUUAUAUUUAUCUCUGUGGUAACGCUUCCUGUUUCCUUCUGGCAGUUUAAAAAAUUACACUCCUCCAGCACAUCAUUCAGGGAAAUAUGAACAAUUCGUGAGUUCUUAUCAGAUAAAUAAUUUCAAAUGACGCUUAAUUGCAAAAUGACCUGCCGCACCAACGAGUUCUUCUAUAUCACCCUUGUAUUGUUUUUGGCAACGUCCCUUGUCAUUUCAUGUCCACCUACAGGCAGACUGCAUCCUCCAGCUGAAGAAAAAGUUGCAGAAGAGUGCCCUGUAGAUGUGACGAAAUGCUUUCCAUGCAAUAAAGACACGAAUGAAAAAUUGAAUUGCUUUUGCAAAUCAAAAAACAAGACCAUUGAUUUGAUUUGUGACGCAGAGCUGGGGCAGUUGCACCUUUUCAACGGAAGAACUGGAGGACUUCAUUGCCCUGCUGAAUCUGAAUCACAGGCGUGCGUUUAUAAUUGUGGUAAUCAGGCAACUGGACCGUGCGCUUGUGACAAUGGCCGAAAAUGUUUAUCCGCAAUUAGAAAGAAAACUUGCAGAUCAGUUUUGGACAAAAAUCCUAUUUUUCAGCUGGAGAAGGAGGAACCUAUCUCAAACAAUUUUCCAGCAUCAAACUUCACAUUGUGCCAUUCUGAUUUGAAUCGCUGCCACUAUUGCGAUGGAACUAAAAAGGAAUUUUCCUGCUUUUGCCCAGCUUUAAAUAGAGAUAUUCAACUACCCUGUAGCAUUGGUGGAUUUGUAAGCUUGUUUAACCCAACCACUGGACUACCUCACUGUCCAAGCUUGCCACUUUCAUUUGAAUGUGCCGAUUUGAAAUACAGCAAAGAAACUUGGUGCACUGAUUACCUAAAAACUUUUAACCCAUCGCCUACAACAACCACUACAAGUUUAAAAAUUGACAAAACGGAAAACGAAAUAAUUUCUAGUGAGACGCCCAGCUAUUCUAGUAGUGACAACACAGCAACUAUUAUCAUCUGCAUUGUCACUUUGGUGCUUAUUUUAGUUGCUCUUAUAGGUUUCAUUACUUGGUGGAUGCGAAGAAGACGGAGCAGUCAAAUAAUUCAACCUAAUAAUUCAAAGGACGAGAUCGAAAUGGUUGAGAACGACAUGUACACAGAAUUUGCGCCACAGACAAAGCCCUCUGGCGAUGUGAUAAUUGUAAAUGACAUGAAUGGAGCGAAUGGAGCUGUCAAUGGUGGUGACCAAGAGGAAAUGAACAGAGACCAUAACCGGAUAAUUACUUUUUUGUAAGUAAAAACUGCUAAG